AUGGCUGACAAGAUUGUACACAUUGCAUCCUUGGAGCAGCACAAUCAGCUGACCAAGGAGGGACUUGUAAUCAUUGAUUUCCAUGCCUCCUGGUGUGGCCCUUGUCAUAUGAUUGCCCCGACUUACGAGACACUCGCUGGAGAGAAUGAAAAUAUUAAAUUCUUCAAAGUCGAUGUUGAUAAUGUCCCUGAUGUUGCACAGCAUUAUAAAAUCACUGCAAUGCCUACGUUUGUCAUUCUUAAGGAUGGAGAAAAGAUUGACGAAAUGAAGGGUGCCAACCAAGGAGGUCUUACAGGUCUUAUUCAAAAAUUGAAGAAUGCCUGA